AUGACAGCUCCUUCUUUGUACAAUGGCAACUCAGCCUACAGGCAAGAUUAUCCCUACAUGGUCGAGCAACGAAUUCCCAGCACAAGCGGCCGGAAUGUCCCACCACAAACAUAUUCGUCAGAUGCCAGUACGAUUACACGGCCAACGUAUCCAGACAGACGUCCGUCGAAUGCCUACACCUACCAUCCAAUCGUGAUAAAGCCUGAGCCAGAAGAGCAAAUAGCUGCACAUCUCCAGAUACCACAAUCUGUGAAUGACAGUAAAGGAAGCUUGGCUGAAUUCGCGGCACAAAUGACCUGCUUGUUCUGGUUCGAAAAAUCUGGUACCCUGAGAUACUCUGAAGCCUUGCCACAGGGUUCUAUACCGGAUCGAGCUUUGCAUCCGGAUGCCGUACCAUCUAUAGGGUUUACGAAAUGGGUUACCACAAUUCUAUCCACAACACAAGUCGGCAAGAAUGUGGUGCUGUUAGCCUUGUUGUUCAUCUACAGGCUGAAGCAGGUCAAUCCGGAGGUCAGCGGCAAGAAAGGCAGCGAGUUCAGGUUGUUGACUAUAGCAUUGAUGUUGGGCAACAAGUUUCUGGACGACAAUACCUACACAAACAAAACGUGGGCGGAAGUGUCGGGUAUCUCUGUGAAUGAAAUACAUAUAAUGGAAGUGGAAUUUCUCAGUAAUAUGAGGUACGCUCUGUUCGCAUCCGAGGAGCAGUGGGCGGAAUGGAAGGGCAAGCUGGGCAGGUUUGGGUCGUUCUACGAGAAAGCAUCAAGGUUCACCUCGUCGCCAGCUGCAUCGCCAACCACACCGAUCUCACACACCAUAUCACACAAGCUUCCAUCACCACAGUCAAGCUCGAGAUUCACGAAUGGUCACUAUACUAGUUUACCGAACCCACUUCAUACAAUCCCUCAGUUACCUCGAUCCCCUGCUAGGAACACGCCAGGAUUUAGUAUGCCAUUUGAAAGAAAGAGAAGUUUGGACACAUCCUAUGACCUGCCUCCGGCGAAACGAGUACAACCCUUUUCCGCGAGCACAAAUGUAUCACCUGAAGCCUACACCCCUGUCUCAGUCAACACACCAGAUUCAAAUGGCACGGCAUAUUCGUACGAGUCGUCAACUCGGUUGCCACAGCUGACUGUUCCAACCUUACCAUAUCCGAACCAUCGAACCAAUAGUCAGGUCAACUCCCUCGGCCUUUCUGAAACUCGGGCAAUGAGUUCUGUGUACUCAAAUACCAACGUAACAUCGGCGUCUGCCUUACCAGCAAACGUGCCAACAUUGCCAUUGCCAGUUACUGGAGGCUUGGCUUCAGCAUCUCGAGCACCAAGUCAGGUCGGCUCAGCACACACGUCUCCCACCAAUAUGUAUGGAGUGUCGACUCCAACACGGCCAGGUCUUUCUCCUUCGUACUUCCUCAUGAACAGAAGCUCACCAUAUCGACCUGUCCGCAAUGUCAAUACGUUAUUAUAUCCUCCACCAUCAGGUGCAAUGCAAAAUUCGAUCAAACCCAUCGAUUACCAGCAAAUGCACUACCAGCCACUGAGCAAAAAUUCCACCGAGCUACGAGCAGGGCCUAUGCCUUGUCUGCAGCCAGACGCCUGGCACGGCCCUGUUUCCACACCCAUUCAUCAAGCUUAUCAUCCAUAUUAG